AUGCUGGAGAACAUGUCCAGACGUAACCGCUCCCUGCUGUCGCUGUCCCUCACCUCUCUCGCCCUCACCCUGUCCGUCUCGGCGUUCUGCACCUCCUACUGGUGCGAGGGGACCCACAAGGUGGUGAAGCCCCUCUGCCUCUCGCCGGUCAAGAUGAAAAACUGUGGGCAGAACAACAGCCAGCCGUACACCACAGAGGCCCCCACCCCGGACCCCAGGAACCCGACCCCCAAUGUGACCCUGUCUCCGCAGCAGAAGGAGGAGCUGGCCAGGAUAAAGAGGAAGCAGAUGGCCAACGCCGUCCACUACAUCUGGGAGACGGGCGAGGACAAGUACAUGCUGAGAUACUUCCACACCGGCUUCUGGCUCUCCUGUGAGAAACACAAUGAAGGUGAUGAUCAGGAGGAAAAGUGCCGCAGCUUCAUUGAGCUGACGCCAGGAGAGACGCAAGGUGUGCUGUGGCUCUCCGUCAUCAGUGAGUUCAUGUACAUCGGUCUGCUGGCCAUGGGCUUCCUGCUGAUGUGCGUGGAGGCGCUGUGUCUCUGUGCCAAACGGGAAAUGAACGCGCUCAAGAUCAACGCUUUCGCUGCCAUGUGCACCGUCCUCUCAGGUAUGAUGGGGAUGGUCGCUCACAUGAUGUACACCACAGUGUUUCAGAUGACUGUGAGCAUCGGACCAAAAGACUGGCGACCUCAGUCCUGGGACUACGGCUGGUCUUUUGCCAUGGCGUGGCUCUCGUUCAGCUGCUGCAUGGCGGCUGCCGUGGCAACACUCAACUCCUACACCAAGACCAUCAUCGAGAUGAAGCAUCGAGCCCGGGUCAGACUAGAGGAGGCCCGGGCUGCGACCAGCGCCCCUUCAUACGAGGAGGUGGUUCAAGCUGGAGCGCCGGGGGUUUACUCCGUCAGCCAGCUGAUCCAGCUCGCCCAGCAAGGCGCGCUCAUGGACCCGAUGUGGCCCAGAGGGGUGGGCCCCGCUGUCGGACCUCUGGUGUGCAGCGCAGGGGGCGCCCUGCUGGUCGGAGGAGGAGGAAUUGGUGUUGGAGGCAUGGGACCCGUCGGCGUUGGGAUGGGGAUGGGCGGAGUUGGAAUAGGAGGCAUGACAAACAUGGCGGGCAUCACAGGAAUGGCUGCUGUGGGAGGAAACGGCGUUGGGGGAAACGGCGUUGGAGGGAACGGAGUUGGGAUGGGGGGGAUUGGAGUUGGGGCGAUGGGUGUUGGGGGAAUGGGAACAAUGGGAGCAGUGGGUGGAGGAGGAAGAUUGAUGGACCCUCAUGGUGUGGUGGUGGUGGAGGGAUGCGGCGCUGAAGGAUGUGAGGACUGUGAGCGAGAGAUGGAUGAGAUAGACUACGCUCUGCAGGAGGAGAGAGAGGACUCGCUCUGCUGA